AUGUCGGUGAACGCCUUCAGGAUUGUAUUCUUCCAGUCGAAUCCACACACAUUUAAUAAGUGGCUGUACUCUCCGAUAUGCUUUGGGGGGCCUUUCAUCUCGGGUUUUACCCUAUUCUUCAUCUCCACUCCGGCGCGUGGUCCCGUCUAUGGAGCAACAACUAUCUGGUGUUGGAUCCGAGAAUCUUGGGUCAGCAUACGACUCUUUACCUCAUACCUCUUUGUAUGGAUCUGCAUUGCAACGUCAAUCGUUUUGAACACAGCGGUUGGCUUUCGUCUAUUUCGAGCGAGAAACAAAGCUCGAGGUAUCUUGAAUUCGCGCAUUCAAACCACAGUAACCGAUCACCAAACUGUAACCGAAACAAAUACCGACACUGAUGUCCAAGGAUCCGAAGAUGCACCCGUUACUGCCGUACGUGAUACUCAGAAAUCAACUCCCAAUUCCACGACUGUGGACCCAAUUCCUCCCAACCAAAAGCAACAAUCUUCGUCAUCGACCCCCAGUAGCACCAAGUCCAGAUUUUGGCUCAAAGACCCUAUCAAACGGGCAUACUUAUUCACAACCUUCAUGUUCACACUAAGCGUCCUUGUGACGUGGGUACCAGCGAGCAUCACACGUAUCCAUAGUCUACUUAACCGUGAUGUUCCAUACUCAUACCAAGUUGCCAUAGCCGCCGUUAUGCCCUUGCAAGGUCUCUGGAACGCUUUGAUAUUUUUUACGACUAGCCGGGGCGUUAUAAGGGAUUCAAUGCGGAAUAAAUGUGGUCGUUGGGUCUUUAAGCCUAUAAAGAAAAAUCAAGAGAUAGUGAGAAGGGAUGUUGCUGCAAGAGUAAGGGUCAGUGAGCAUACUGACAGCACGGACUCAGGCAGUGAUGUUGAGCUCCGUCGCCUGGGGAGGUGA